AUGGCAGCGCCGCCCCCACCUCCAAAGGGCGGCCUGUCGCUUUACGCCAACCUCCUCAAUCCCAAGGCCGACGCCCAAGCCACAGUAUCCGGUGCGCCGGUGGUCUAUGACAGUGGAAAGAAGGAUGAUACUGCGGCCAAAAAGGAGGUCAAUCAAGCCUUGCGCUUCCAGCCGAUACGUCGACCUCAGAUAGCUCAGAAGAAAGCAGCCAAACCGGCGUUUCCUAAGGCGAUACCACCACCAUCCACAACCUCAAAUAACGCACAACCACACAGCAGCAAUGACACCAGGGACGCGACUGCAACGCCGCCGCCCGCGCAAGGAGGGCCUCCCGCCCAGCGCAGCACCCUCGCCGACUGGGCCGCGACCGAAGACGACGAGUACAUGUAUGGCACUGCGGCGACCGAGAAGCGGCAAAGAGGUGGGCGGAAAGCUAAGAAAAAGAAACAACAGAAGCACGGGGACAACCAACGCCAGGAGACGGACUGGGACGAGAUCUACGACCCGUCGCGGCCGACCAAUGUGGACGAAUACCUGAGGAGCGACGAGCGCAUACGGGAGGUACAGGAGUGGAAGGCUGUGUUGUAUGCGCACCGUAGGAGGAGGAGAGGGAGCUCUGAGAGUGACGAGGACUCAGAUGGCGACGACAGGCCUGCUAUGGGUACCCAAUUCGCUCCCCCGGGAGACUACUCUUUCGCACCACCGCCCAUGUCACCACCUCGAGCCUCCCCAGCUGCUGCCGCCCCUGCUGCCGCCCGCUUACCAGACGACUCGACAGGCGACGAUGCCUACGCCCGCCGUCUCGCGCUUUCAGGCAUCGGCGCGCCCCCAGCCCCUCCACCUCCCGAAGAAUCUCCAGCUCCUCCACCACCGCCACAAGACACGGCGACCAUCUCCCGCGGGCCGGUCCGCUACGAGGCCCCUCCUCAGCCACCUGCAAAAGAGCAAGAAGACGACGACGAAGAAAUGGACGUGGACAACAUCGACCUACCAGCCACCGGCCUGGGAGCAGCCGGCAACAGUGCCGACCAGGCCAUGCCAGACGCCGACGCCUCAGGCGACACGUCGCGCUCCAGCCGCCCCGGCCAGAAGGGCUUCGCCCAGCGGCUCAUGUCCAAGUACGGCUGGACGGCCGGCAGCGGGCUCGGCGCCGACAGCAGCGGCAUCAUCAACCCCCUACAGGUCAAGGUCGAGAAGCGGCGCAAGCGGCCGGACGCCGAGGGUGGCGGGUACGCGGACCCGGCGAACCGGGCCAAGAUCAUCGGCGGCAAGACGGCGGCACCCAAGGACCCGGGCUCUGGUGGCCCGGCCGAGGACGGCUCGGGCAAGGGUGCCAUGUCCGAGGUGAUUGUGCUGCAGAACAUGCUCGAGGGCAUGCCGAACCUGCAGGAGGAGAUAGAGAGCGGGCUGGGGCAGGAGAUCGGCGAGGAAUGUGGCGACAAGUACGGCCGCGUCGAGAGGCUGUACAUCGACGUCGCGGGCCGGCAGGUCUUCAUCAAGUUCACCGACCAGGUGUCGGCGCUGAGGGCAGUCAACGCGCUCGAGGGCCGCGUCUUCAACGGGAACGCGAUCGCGGCCCGGUUCUGGGACUCCGAGAGGUUCGAGAAGGGGGAUUAUAGGUAG